AUGACAAAGAAUGUAACAGAAUUCAUCUCAGGUUUUUCCCAUACCACUGACCUGCCCGCUGCCACCCGUCCUCAAUCCUUCCAAAAAAGAGCUUCCACUCCAGAUCCUCAGCUUCCUUCACCAACCAAGACCUCAAGGCAAGCUGCUACUGCUCGUACAUUCAGUCUUCCUUCUUCAAAUCAAAGUUUUAAAUACCUUUAUGUUCCUGUCCAGCGCCGUAUCCCUAUCAGCCAACUACGUAGCCGACUACGACGUCUGCAUAUCAAUAGCAGUCGUAUUCUCGAUAUACACUAUCCGGAUCGUCACUUUGUUGCCCUACUUAUCCGUAAUGACUAUGAGUCUGAGCUUCGUUCACAGUUAAAUAAGCUUACAAUUACCGUUUGCGAUGAGUAUGAUCCUCUUGAUCCCGCAAAUUUGCGUGACCCAGCGUGCUCCAAGUAG